AUGCUGCGCCGCGGCGGCAUGGCCGCUCCUCCGCCCGCCGCGGGCCGAGCGCGGGUGCGGGGGACGCGGAGUGAUGGGAGCACUAGGGGAGCGCCGCCGCGGGCCGGGAGCCUGGAACCGAGCGCGAUCGCCACCGGGACAGAGCACGAGCCGCCGCCGCCGCUGCCGCCGCCCUUCGCUCGGCGCGCACUCCAGCCCGGCCCAGCCGCUGCCGCCCGCCCCCGGCCCGCCCCCCGCACCGCCCCCCGCGCCGCCGGCCCGCCCCCCUUAAAGGGCCCGGCCCGGGUGCCCGCCCCCCGCGCGAGGACCCCGCGGGCCACGUCCGGCCCCCGCCCGGCCUUUGUCCGGGUGCUGAGCCGCCGCGCCGGGGGAGGGGACAGGCCUGCACCCGCCGCCCGUUCAUUGACUGAUGUGUCAAUUCAUUCCCGCACGUUUGCUCAGGCAGCCGCAGCCACCGCCAGAUUGGAGAGCCGGACUCCCGGGUUCGAAUCCCGGCUCUGCCGCUUUUCCACUCUGCGCCCUUCGGUCUGGACAGGGAUCCCCGAGCAGCGGAGAGCUUGCAGGAAGAGGUGAGAUGUAAUCAUGGCCAGCAAUGAAUGGGGAUUUGCAAGAAUGCUGGAUGACUGGAGUGAAGAACUUUUUAUCCUUCAUAAAACAACUGUGAGAUUACAUUGGAAACACACGAUUGUGGGACAAGAAGAAGCACGAGGUUACAUUGUACUUCUUGAAGAAUUAUGGCAAAUUCUUGUUUGAUGCAAUGAUUAUAAGAGGUCUGAACUAACGCUUAAGCAUGCAAACUAUCGUGGCUUUUAUACGUUGUCCUGUGUGAACCGUGUGCUCUAUGUGCCUGGCAUGACAGUCCUCAUAAUGAUAUACAAUCCUUAACCAGCAUCUGCUGGGCUCUGAUUGAAGCUUUACACAUAUCUUAGUUUACUUACAUUGUCAGGGAGGUGCUGUUAUUUCUCCCAUUUCACAGAUGGGGAAACUGAGGCAUAGAAGAGUUAAAUAACUGCACAAGGCGGGCCAGGACUAAGGUGAGCUGAGUGAGGUAUUUGUCUCAGAUGCAAAAUUUAAAGGGGGUGCCCCCUAAGACUCUUAUCAAGAUAAAUAAUACAUUAAGGCUGUAUGUAUAUGUGUACAUGUAUACAUAUACAUAUAGCCUUAAAUACAUGUAUACAUGUAUGUAUGUAUAUAUGUGUAUAUAUACAUACAUACAUCUUUUUUUGAGAUGAAGUCUUGCUCUGUCACCCAGGCUGGAGUGCAUGGUGCGAUCUUGGCUUACUGCAACCUCUGCCUCCUGGGUUCAAGCAAUUCUCCUGCCUCAGCCUCCAGAGUAGCUGGGAUUACAGGCGCCCCCUACUAUGCCAGGCUAAUUUUUAUAUUUUUAGUAGAGACGGGGUUUUAUCACAUUGGUCAGGCUGGUCUUCAACUCCUGACCUCAGGUGAUCCACCUGCCUCGGCCUCCCAAAGUGCUAGGAUUACAGGUGUGAGCCACUGCACCUGGCCCAGAAUGAUUUUGCAAUGUGAUACCAUCUAUGCCAGAAAACCUCCAAGAAUAAACAGGAGUUUAUACCUGCAUGGGGAAAGGUCUGGCAGAGAAGAGCAAGCUCUGGGAGGCUGUAGAAGGGUUAGGAGGCUGGAGGGCACUGAGAGGCCUUUAGCCUUGCAUGCAAUGUUCAACUGUAAAGCAAAGGCAAGAGUUGUGUUUACUUGGGUAAUUCAAAUUUAAUUAAAAAAAAAUAGAUUGAGGAAGGUUUCUAUGAGCCGAAUGGAGUUGUUUCCAAAAUGUAUUAAGUGCAACGAAGUUCCAAUGUUGUUUUUUAAUAAAACCAUUACAAUUUGUAAAAAUGGAAUAUGGGAAGAGUAAGUCCAGCAAUAAUGGAAAUGAUUACCUAUGAAAGUAAUAAAUGGGGAGAAAAGGAUAGAGAUGGAAGAGUCACUUUCUUUUUAUAAUUUUUGAGUUUUGAGCCGUAUAAAUGAUUUACCGAAUAACAAAAAUUAAAUAAAAAUAAUGGGAGGCCGCAUGCGGUGGCCCAUGCGUGUAAUCCCAGCCCUUUGGGAGGCUGAGGCGGACAAAUCACCUGAGGUCAGGAGUUCGAGACCAACCUGGCCAACAUGGUGAAACCCCAUCUCUACUAAAAAUACAAAUAUUAGCCUGGCGUGAUGGCACACGCCUGGAAUCCCAGCUACUCGGGAGGCUGAGACAGAAUAAUUGCUUGAACUCAGGAGGGAGAGGAUUCAGUGAGCUGAGAUUGAGCCACUGCACUCCAGUCUGAGCAACAGAGUGAGACUCCAUCUUAAAGAAAAGAAAGAAAGAAAGAGAAACAAAAUGAUGGGAAAAGCAACCCUAAACUUGAAUACAAAUAGAAAUAAAUGAACCUGCCUGUAAAAUUGAUGGCAACCACACAGACAGUGGAGGAAUUCCAGGACUUUGACUGCACACUCCUAGUGGGCUUUAUUUUAUGGAUGGAAUAACCUCCACUCAAUCAUGAACUUAGUAGAGCAGUUGUUGUUGGUAGUGGCAUUGGUGUAGUUAUUCAUUUGCACUGUGGAGUGGAGUGAAUACACAGAUGUUACUGUCAGCCAGAGUUCUCACGAUGGAAGAGGAGAGGUGCAAAUAUGGCGUAGGGAAAGCAUGGGAGAAACCUGUGGUGUUGAAUUUGAUUUGGAACAAUCGUUGUAAACUAAUAACUAAAAUUGAACUAAAAUGGCAGUGAGGACACCUCUUCCCAAGUCUUGGUUUCUAAAGACCAUCCCUCACUAACUCCUCAAAUAAAUGGACAGGGAACAUACAAGGUGAGUCUGGAGCAAAAGCAAGGGCUCAAAGACUGACGUGGACAAACUCUUCAUAAACGGACGAACAGGACACAGGGUCUGUUGGAAGGGGCUCCAAUGGUCAACUCAGGAACAACUGAAAUAGCAAAAGAAGAGUUAUGGAAAAGGGUUAUCACAUUAAAUGAAAAGCCCCAUGAGCUUAUAGUGACGCUAAAGAAGGUGGAAGAGAGUUCUGUCCUACAGAACAACGUCAACUAAUACGUUUAAAAGCCAUGAAAUAAUCAGAAAAUCAUUUUGCAACCCGUAAUUGGCUCAAACAAAGACCAUAUCAGUGAAUGCUAAAACCAGUAGACAGAUAGGUUGUUGGGAAUAUAGAAUAUUCACAUGGUCUCAAAGAAUUGCCCCACACAUGACCUCAAUCACAGUAGGUAUAGGGUACCAUGGAGUGUCUAAGUGGUCUGGUGGAUGCCACCUACAACCAAGCAUCACAGCCACUGAGGUGCUCUGUUCAGCUCUCCCUUCAAGAGGACUCCCUGUGGGAAGCACAUUUGCGAGACAGUUCAGUGGCCAUACCUUUCCCCCCAGUGGUCUACUCUGCUGUCACACUUAAUGCAGCCAGAACUGAACGUAGUGGGAAUACUGGAGCCAGGCCAUUCCUGCCUUACGUGGAUUCUUCCAUGGGCGCCUUGACUUGGGAAAUUCUCAUCAGCCUGGCCAUGACUUCCAGAACUCUGCUGCUGUCUGGCAGUCUUCCUCCUUGGUCCUUCCUUCUUGCUCUCCUUUCCCAGGUGUUAGAAGUACACAGCACCCAAGGUCUCCCUGCCUCCUCCUGCUCCCUUUGUCCUACAUAGGCAUUUCCACCAAUACAUCUCUUGCACAUUGAAUCCUAUCUUGACAUUCACUUCCUGGUGGACCUGAACUGGUACACCACAUGAUCACACUUAGCAGUGCCCAUAAUUUCUGUCUGCCGGAUCUGCCCCCUACACACACAGGCUCUGGCUCCUGGGUGGGCUACUCAUCUUUCCUGUGUCUCAUUUUAAAAUCAGGAUAUGUAUUGCAAUUUCUUUGCAGACUUAUUGUGAGGAUUAAUGAAAACCAGUGGUCUGGGUAAUGCCCUUAGACAUUGCAUGCAUGGCACGCAGUAAGCACUUGGUAAGUGAGGGCUGCUGUUACCAUGAGGUCCAUGUUAUCUGCUGUCUUAUCAGCUCAGGCUGCCAUAACAAAAUACCGUAGACUGCAUGGCUGGAGCAACAGGCAUUUAUUUCUCAAAGUUCUGGAGGCUAGAAGUUCACGUUGGGGGUGCUGGCUAAUUCAGAUCCCUGUGAGGACCCUCUUCCUUACUUACAGACAGCCACCUUGCUGUGUCCUCACAAGAUGGAGAACUAGAGAGGAAGCUCUCUGAUAUCUCUUCUUAUAAGGGCGUUAAUUCCAUCUCAAGGGCCCCACCCCAUGACGUCAUCUCACCCUGCUUACCUUCCAAAGGCCCGUCUCCAAAUGCCAUCACAUGGAGCGUUACGGAUUCAACAUGAAUUUUGGGGGGCCACCAUUUCAGUCCAUAGAAGUGGGACACAGAUGAUGCUCAACAAAUGUUGUUUUCAUUCUUUUCUUCCCUCUUUCUCCAUCUGGCAAAUAAAGCCUGGACCCUGAGUUUGUGAUUGUGUUGUGGAAUAACUGAGUGACAUUGGCCAGAGCAGUAAACCCCUUGGAGACUCAGUUUUCUCUUCUGUAAAAAGGAGCCUUGUGGGAGUGAUUAUGAGGAUUAUAUGAGAUAGCAUAUGAAAAGAGCCUGGCUCACAGUAGGUGCUCAUUAAACCUGUUACGGUGUCACGGUGGGGCUGUUGUCACUCUUCCGGGAUCUUUUAUCAUGAGUCCUACAUUGCUGACUCCCGCCAGAUGGGGGCACUCACUGCCUUCUUAUUCCUCGUGUGCUCAGGGGGACGUCCCUGAGAAGCGGGCUGGCUCACCACUAGAGGGCUUUGUCACCGCCCUUCAAACCAUCCUCAGGCAGACAUAUAGACAGACAGACAGACAGAGGGAGUCUUGGAUGAAUGGCAAAACCUUUAGAUUCUGAUUUGUUUCUCAAUCAGCUGCUUCCUCGUGUGGAAUGAGGGGUCAGACAGCUGAUCUAUUUGAGACGCCCAUGGCUAGGACCUCUGCCCCCAUUCCCAACAUCCUGCUGGGCACUCCACCUUCCAAAGAACAUGCCCCAGGCACACAGGUGAGUUCCCGCCAUGCACUCCACAUGAAAGGGAAGCCAUCUGGAGGCGUGCGGCACCUGAAGACGCUGGAGCUGCCGCUGUCAGGGACGCAUGCCCUGCCCAUUCAUCUGCCUUCUGCGCCGGGAGCCCCCGCAGAUGCGGGAAGAUGCAGGGAAUGAUUCAGCCGCAGCUUUA